AUGUCAGCUCGCCCAACACCAACUCACCCAAUCACGACGAAUGCAGAGCAUGUCUCUACUACCACCAUCAACGACCUCCCUGUGGAGUUACUCCAGGAGAUAUUCUUCUUCUGCACAGCGGACCAUAACUGUCGGACUUUCCCAUUCGUUGUUAUCCACCGCAGCGCGACUCGAGCACCAGUUGUGCUCACUCACGUUUGCUCUUUAUGGAGAAGGGUUGCCCUCUCGUUGCCCAUGUUGUGGGCUUCUUUCACCCUACUUCCGCUCAAGAGGGCGUCAGAAGAGUUGGUCACAGAGUGGCUGAAACGCUCUCAUUCGAGCCCACUGGCAAUCGAUGCAUCCCAACUUUUCAAAAACCUGUCGCGGAAGACGUGCUCCUCGAUCCUCGCUCAGUCCCACCGUUGGAGAUACCUUGGUCUUAGACCCGGAGAUCGUUUGAUGAGCGGUUUCCUUGAUACCCCACCGUCUGCAGCUCCAGCGUUGAAAGGGCUGGCUAUAAAAUCUUCAACCUUCGCCCAGCUUCAGCCGUAUAUUGCCAGUUUAUCCGCAAAGCUUAGCACCCUGCCAUCCCUGCAACAGUUCUUCCUGGAUAUUGGCGACAAUGUCCUGGCCUACGAUGCCUUCCUUUCCCACAUUCCCUUCGAGCGCUUGACACACAUCCAUCUCUCCGUCCCUUUGACUGACGGCGACUGUGUCUCUGUCCUUGAGCGGUGCCGUCGUGCCGUUCAAGUGACCUUCCGGUUCGUCACCGCGAGCCAUACGCGACCCUCAAUGCGCGUGGAAGGAACCAAGGUAUCCUUGUCAUUGGAGUCGCUGGUGGUCUCUUCGGAAACCGAUAUCUGCUCCAUUCUCUCCAAUUUCACCUGCCCAGUCCUCCGCCAGCUCUGCAUCCGUGUAUGCCAUACCGCCCCCUCCUCGACGACCGAAGAAGAUCUUCCUCUUCUCGACAACUUCAUCCGAGAGAGCAACCUCCAGCAACUCAUCAUUUGCGAUGUAUGGGGAUCUUUCGAGUUCGCGGCGCUGUAUUUGUUGCUGGACUCGGUCCAGGAUAUCCCUGAGGUUGAAGUCAGGGUUCUUUCUCCCUCGGAAGCGUACCUUCCAGUUGUGGUGGCAAAGGAAUAUCGUUGUCCAGUUGCGGGUUGUUCGUUGCCACAUCUUGGUUGGACUCGUGCGUUCGGACAGCAUCUGGGUACGCCGUUGAAAGAUGGGACUAUGGCACUUUGGGAGUCGCCCUGCCGACAAGAGACACUGACCUCGGAUUGGCUCGCCAAUGCUACCCUGUUUAAAGGUUUUGUAGACGAUUAA